GCCAAAGUGCAGGCCCUUCCGUGUCAGUGACUUCGGGGCGGGGGGGCUGCGCAAGUCCAGCGGGGUGCCUCACCCCAGCCCUGUGGGGCCUCUCUCUGGGGUGGGGGAGCAGGGAGCCCUGGCCCACUCCUGUGAGCCCCGUCCCCCUGGCUGUCCCGCUCGCUCUUCUCUCAUGGCUCCAACUGUCCGAAUGGCUCCAUCUUGUGAGAGGGCGGGAGAAAACGCCUGAGAUGUGCCAGGCGCUGGCCUGGGCGGGGCCUGACUUCCACCCGUGUUAUAUGCUGGUCUAGGGGCUGAGCCCGGGGUAGGCAGCUAACCCCAGGCCAGUGCAGACUAGGAGGAGCAAGCAACUGAGCGAACGCUGGUUCCACUGCAGGAAAUUCGAAUCCCAACCCAGAUUGAUUCCAGCUGCGUGUCUGUCCAGCCCCUAGCGCGGGAGGGCCUGGUGUGGGACUGAGGUGCUUGGGUGCUGUUGGAGAGCAGAGAGCUGAGCUUAUUGUGGGACUGUGCUGUGUCCCCCUCUUGGGGUGUCACAGGGUUCAGCUCUGCCCUCUAGCUGUUCCUCAGGCACUGCCUGUAGACUAGCAAAGGCCACUGAGGCUGGCUCCUGCAGUGGUUGGUUGUGCAAAGUGCCAGUCCCAGGUGCUGCCGAAUUUGUGGGUUCUAGGCCCGGCUCAGCCGCUGCCCUGCCGGGGGAUUUUAGGCAAGUCACACUGCCUUUCUGUGGCUCAUUUCCCCAUCUGUAACCGAGAGAGAACAAUCCUGAGCACUUGGGAAAGUGCUUUGAGAUCUCUCGGUGGAAAGCGCUGUCGGAGCCAGGGCUUAGCAUUGUUCAGCUCCAGGAGUCCACAGACUUGUGACUGGAAGGUCAGGGCCCUCUGAGCGCCUCCUGCUUGGGGGGGCCCCUCUAGCAGGUUCUGCGGGGCAAUGGAAGCCGUGUGGUGUCAGGCACACCCUGAGGGCUGGCGAGGUAGUGGAAUGAUCACGUCUGACCUUAAAUUCUAGGAAUCUAGCAUGGCUCAUGGCCAUUUCCAAAUACCCACCUAGCUCUGAUAGCCCCCAGAUGCUGCCCUUCAUGGGGGAAGCCAGCUCAGUUCCAAGGGGGUGGCCUGGAUUUCUGUCUCCAAGACCAGCAUAUAACCCCUGCGCCCUGCUCAGCCAGCCGCGUGCCGAGCGCCAGCAUCACCACCGCUCUGGGGCCUGUUGUCUGUCAGUGCGAUGCGAAUGACCAGCAAAGCAAACUGCACAAAAACGCUCUCUUCCCGUUUGACCAAUUUGCAGGCCAUGAGUUCUAACGAAGAAGGUUCAAAAAUAAUUCAAUGAGUGUCAAUACUGCAACUGCACGGUGCAGCUAAGCCAUCCGGCGGGUUACUAAGCAAAAGUUGAUGAUAAAGAGACCCUGUGUCUCUAUUGCAAGCUACUCAGAACUGUCUCGCAAAGGUAACUGACUCCAGCGCACCCAAUCUCGCCUGCAGUUGUCGGUGAAACCCAUCCUGUUUUGAAUGUGUGCUCUAAACCCCCACUGCAGGGCUCUGACAGGGCUCCCCCCAUGCAUGCUGAUCCAGAGAGACCUCAGCAGUGCUGAGCGCAGCCCCCUUUGGGACAGCUCCUGUGUCCCCGCCACUCCAGCAGGGCACGGCGGGGAGUCUGCCACAGCCCCCCAGCAGGGUCUGCUGGGAGCGGCUGCCGCAUGCCAGCUCGCAUGCUGGGGUGCCAGUGGGAACGGGGGAUGGACCGAGUAACCCCCAAACCCCAGCGUGCUGGAUUCCUCCCAGACUCCAUCCAGGAGCGGGCAGCCGGUGGCUCACGUCUCAGAUGGUCCCCAACCCAUGGCGCUGGUCACUGCUGGAGCCAUUAGACCAGGCUUGGAAUCUGGCACCCUCCUGCCAGCUGCCCGCCUCAUACGCCCCCCAGCCACUCUGCACAGCCUGGUUAACAGCCCACCCCUGCUGUGUCACUGGCUCCCGUGCUCCCCCGAGUCUCUGGGGGGCGCCGCUCAACCCUCCGGCCUGGUGUCCGUCCAGCAGGCAGCAGCCGGCCCCCCCGCAGCUGAGGUUCUUUGCCGCAUUGAUGCCCAGAAUGAUGGCUUGCUGUUACCAUGCGCUAAAAACUUUGAGCCCUGGUUCUCUCAGUCCACAGUUGAGAUCAACCCCCCGGAAAGCACAAGUAUCGGCCCAUGCAAGCAGGCCGAGUGCCAUGAACCCAAACUCACUUCAGAGCAGAGCUCCCCCGGUGCCCCGUGCCAGGGCACCCCUGGGCCCAGCGGCUCUGCCUGGUAGCUGGGCCGGGAGGGACAGGGCCCUGGAUGUAACCGGCUCUGUGCAGACCUGGCAGCAGAGGCUGCCAGCGCCUGGCCUGGCGAGGGACUGGCUCACCCACCCCACGUGUGGGGAGUCCGGGCUGCUAGUGCAAAAGCCCCACUCAGCUGCUCACCCCGCCCCUCUCACGCUGACGUGUGGGGAGCCGUCAGAGCAGCAGCCCCCACUGCGCCGUGCUUGGUGGUUUUCAGCGUUGAGCGGCUACCCAUGGCUUUCCCCAGCUGCUGGCAACGGCUUGUCCCCUCCCCUGGCCACCUCCUGGGGGCAGCAGUCCCACGUCUGUAACCUCAGCAGCUGCUCAGGGCCCAUCUCUCCCAGCCACAGGGGGGCAGGUUUGAUCCCUGGGGGAGGAGGUGACCCCAGUCCUGCCCCACCAGCCCUUCCAAGGAGGGUUAACGUCACCCAGGACGGCUGUUCCUGGAGUCAGGGUUCCCUUGAGCCGAGCCUCCAGGCACAGGCACAGGCGGCGUUGCUGCGUCCCAGCUGUGUGUGGUGUCAGUAAAAGGGCAGGAAGCUGUCAGCCGCUCAGCGGGUCGCUGGGGCUCGCGCGGGGGAUUGGCAUUGCUGCCAGGGCACUUGUGACCCGCCUGACUCCUCCCAGACAGCCCACAGCCCGAACGGCUGAGACGGGUGCCAAGGCCACUGGGCAUCCUGUCUGGGCACCUUUGCCCGCCC